ACUAUCCACAGCUAAAUACACAUAGAUCGAUUAAUCAGGACAGAUGAAAAGCUUUAUGCUUCUCUCAAGAAGCGUAAUCCAAAAAUAAGGUUGCUGAAGAGAGAGAGAGAGAGAGUGGGAGAGGAGAGAAAAGAAUUGUUUGAAUCUAGUAAGUCAGCUGCAUAUUGUCGAAUAAGUGAUCGAGGUAUUACGGCCCAGCAGCAGACGCAACACAAGACGUGUUCAGUGAAGCAACAGCAACAUCAUCGGGAGCAACAACAACAAAGCAAAGCAACAUCAGUUAAGAAAGCCCGUAAAGCCAACGGCGUCAUGCACAUGGCGUCAGGGCAUAUGGAGCGCAACAUUACUCGCAAUGCUGGCAAUCGUCACAGCAAUCAACAACAGCAACAGCAGCAACAGCAACAGCAGCAGCAGCACAACACUCAUACGCACCAUGGGCUGGGCUUUGGACAUGGCGACCACAAUGAUGGCAAUGGCAACAACAUGUCGAUAUUUUGCCGACACUUUGCCGAUUAUCCAAGCCAUGGCAAUUUGAGUGUGAACAAUAUGCGCUCCUGGUCCAGCUGGAGUCUACAGCAGCAGCAGCAGCAGCCAGAGGAGCAACAACAGCAGCAGCAGCAGCAACCACAACAGUUGGCCAGCAGCAACAUUUGGUCGUCGGGAACAGGAAAUUUCGAUAUGCCAUUGACACGAUCGCAUCAAUUGAAUGUGCGAGCGCCAAGUUUUACGCCAGCUAGCGCCAGAGCUGCCACAAAUACAGCUCUUGGACUCUCCUCUAGACGUGUGACCUAUCAACAGCAACAGCAACAUCAUCAACAUCAGCAACAGCAGCAACAGCAACAUCAUCAGCAGCAUCCACAGAUCAUGCCAAGUCAAUCGCAACCAGAAUUGCCAUCGCAGCAUAAUUCGCGUAAUCUGACCGAACGUCAGAGCGGACGUCGUCAACAGUUGCCGGAUCUAUUUCAAACGGUUUUGAAACUGAUGCGUGAACUGAAUCGUUCGGUUAGCUAUCCCGAAAUAAUUGGCAUGCUAUCGAAUCGCUUGCAACGUUUGCCGGUGGAACUGAAGCGUCACAUUCCGCACACGUUGCACGGCGCCGUUGUCAAUGGAUAUUUGCGCAAGGAUGGCAACUAUUAUACGCUGCUAUCGGAGCAGGAGCAAAAGGAGAUCAUGAAACGCAACCAGGAGGCGGCCAAGCGGGCAAAGGAGCUCGAAAAAGAGCCGCUCUCAUGGCGCAUACGCUAGACGAUGACGAUGACGAUGACGAUGACGACGACGAUGACGACGACGACGAAGAGGGUGCAGAGAGCAGAGCAAAGGCAACUAAGCUGAUAAGUUGCUUCUUAGUUGCUCACUUUUGCUCUCACUCUCUCAAAUCUCUAACUCUGCUGACUCUGAAGAAGUUCAAUAAUUGUUGACUUAUUAUUUUUUUUGCUCGUGCGUUUCAAUCUCUUGUCUGCCCCCCUUCCUAAGUGAUCGAUGAAUUCAACAAAUGGAACGUAUAUAUUUAUAUAGAUGAAAUCACUCCACGUAUACAACACUACUUAACAUACAAUAUGACUAUAAUAUAUAGAAGACAGCUGCGCUGCCGCCGCCGAGAGACGUUUAGAGUAUUGCUCUGAAAUUUAAGUUAUUAUUUUUAAAGCCAUUUCAAUUGUGGCAAACCCAUCGUGUAAAAUAAAAAAUUGUAGUUCGAUGCAACUUGUAA